AUGCGGGUGGAUAUGCGGGACGGUGAGCGCGGAGCACGGCUGCUGCAGUUGGCCGGGGCUCUGCUGGCCCUGCUGUCGCUCUCUGCCGCCGCGGAGCUGCUGGAGACCGAGACCAGCGAGCUGGUCACCAAGCAGACGGACUCCAGAGCCAGCAGGGCGAAGAGGAGGGGGGGCACGGACGUCCUCAGAGGGCCGAACGUGUGCGGCUCCAGGAACAACGCCUACUGCUGCCCGGGCUGGAAGACCCUCACCGGAGGAAACCAGUGCAUUGUCCCGAUCUGCAGGAGUUCAUGUGGAGAUGGUUUCUGCUCCAGACCCAACAUGUGCACCUGCCCCAACGGCCUGGUUUCCUCAUCCUGCGGAUCCAAGUCAGUCCAGCACUGUAACAUUCGGUGUAUGAACGGGGGGACGUGUGCGGAGGACCACUGUCAGUGCCAGAAGGGCUACGUGGGAAACCACUGUGGACAACCGGUUUGCGAAAAUGGCUGUCUCAACGGAGGAAGAUGCGUGGCUCCCAACAGAUGUGUGUGCACGUACGGCUUCACCGGGGCGCAGUGCGAAAGAGACUACCGCACCGGGCCCUGCUUCGCCUCGGUGAACAACCAGAUGUGUCAGGGCCAGCUGACGGGCAUCGUGUGCACCAAGACCCUUUGCUGCGCCACGGUGGGGCGGGCGUGGGGUCACCCCUGCGAGAUGUGCCCGGCGCAGCCUCACCCCUGCCGGCGAGGGCUCAUACCCAACCACCGCACCGGGGCCUGCCAAGAUGUGGACGAGUGCCAAGCCAUCCCAGGCAUCUGUCAAGGAGGAAACUGCAUCAACACGGUGGGAUCCUUUGAAUGCAAAUGCCCCGCUGGGCACAAGUUCAACGAGAUCACGCAGAAAUGCGAAGAUCUGGAUGAGUGCUCCAACAUUCCAGGUCUUUGUGGUUUGGGCGAAUGCUCCAAUACUGUAGGCAGCUACUUCUGUAAAUGUCCCCAGGGAUAUUACAGCUCCGCGGACGGAUCCAGGUGUAUAGAUGCUCGUGGCGGGUACUGCUACGCCAGCCUGCUGAACGGCCGCUGCGCCAACCAGAACUCGCAGCUUUUGACCAAAAUGCAGUGCUGCUGCGACAGCGGGCGCUGCUGGUCAGACGGAUCCACCCCCGAGAUGUGCCCCCACCGCGGAUCAGAGGAAUACCAGCGACUCUGCAUCCAGAUACUGGAUAGUCACAGAGAGGUGAUACCCGAUCGGGUCCCAGGGAGCCCAGACAUACCGCUCAUCUACCCAAUUCCACAUCCUGGCCAAGGUCCUGGCGUGGGACCCGGAGUGAUUCCUGGUCAGAUUCCCAUCCAAAUUCCAGGUCAAAUACCAAUUCAGAUUCCGGGACAGCUACCCAUACAGCCUCCUCCUUCAGGUCCCUUCGUAAUCCAGACCCAGAACAUCACCAACAUGUGCCAGGCCUAUCGCAACCUGUGCCUGAACGGCCGCUGCGUCCCCAUGGCGGGGGGCGUGGGCUACCGCUGCGAGUGCAACAUGGGCUUCAGGCUGGACGGGAGGGGCGAGUGCAUCGAUGACGAUGAGUGUGAGAAGGGCCCGUGCGCGCACGGAAAAUGUGUCAACACCCCCGGGUCUUACAUCUGCCAGUGUCCUGCUGGUUUCCAGACGACCGCCACCAGGACAGAGUGCCGAGAUCUGGACGAGUGUGUGGCCAACGGGCGAAUCUGCAACAACGGCCGCUGCGUAAACACCGAGGGCAGCUUCCACUGCGUCUGCAACGCCGGGUUCGAAAUUUCAGCAGAUGGCAAAAAUUGUCAAGACCAGGAUGAGUGCUUAAUCAGGAACAUGUGCCUCAACGGACUCUGUAUCAACGAAGACGGCAGCUUCAAAUGCAUUUGCAAGCUGGGAUACCUGCUGGACACCAGUGGACGCAUGUGUGUUGACAUCGAUGAGUGCGAGACCCCGGGCAUGUGCAUGAACGGCCACUGCGUCAACACCGAGGGGUCCUUCCGCUGUGAGUGCAUGGCCGGGAUGGCCGUAGGCCUGGACGGACGGGUCUGUGUUGACACGCACAUGCGCAGCUCCUGCUACGGCGGCUACAAGCGGGGCCAGUGCGUCAGGCCGCUGUUCGGAGCCGUGACCAAGUCCGAGUGCUGCUGCGCCAGCACCGAGUACGCCUACGGGGAGCCCUGCCAGCCCUGCCCCCCCGAGAACUCCGCCGAGUUCCUGGCUCUGUGCCCCAGCGGGACCGGGAUCACCGGCGAUGGAAGAGAUAUCAACGAGUGUGCCCUGGACCCCGACGUGUGCCAAAACGGAGUGUGCGAGAACAUGCUGAGGACCUACAAAUGCUCCUGCAACGAGGGCUUCGAGGUGGACCUGACGGGCAAAAACUGUGUCGACAUCGACGAGUGUCUGAUGAACCGGCUGCUGUGCGACAACGGGCUGUGCAGGAACACGCCGGGGAGCUUCACCUGCCAGUGUCCCAAAGGGUUCCGCUUCGACCCCGAUUCAGACGUCUGUGAAGAUGUGAACGAGUGUGCGUCUAGUCCCUGCAUAAACGGAGAGUGCGUGAACAGCCAGGGCUCCUUUGUGUGCACGUGUUCGGUGGGCAGCACUCUGGAAAAGUCUGGCCUGGAGUGCAUCGAGACGACUAAGAGCACCUGCUGGCUGAAGAUUGUGAACAACCGCUGUGAGGUCAACAUCAACGGAGCCACGCUGAAGUCCCACUGCUGCGCCACGCUGGGAGAAGCCUGGAACAGUCCGUGUGCCAAGUGCGAAAAAGAUCCAAUCUGCGACAAAGGUUUUGCCCGAGUCAGAGGAAACGUUUGUGAGGAUGUGGACGAGUGUCAAGUGUUCCCCGGCGUGUGCAUCAACGGGAAGUGCGUCAACACUAAGGGCUCCUUCCUCUGCCAGUGCCCCCCGGGGAUGACCGUGGACGUCAGUGGGAGGAUGUGCAUCGACCUGCGCACGGAGCACUGCUACCUGAGCCACGACGACGAGCGCUGCGGGACCCCCAUCUCGGGGAAGCACCGCGUGGACGCCUGCUGCUGCUCGGUGGGCGUGGCCUGGGGGCCCGAAUGCGACGAGUGCCCGGAGAGGGGGAGCCCGGACUUCGAGCAGCUCUGCCCGCGGGGGCCCGGCUUCUCGCACAGGGGCGACUUCAUCAACGGGAGACCCUUCCUCAAAGACAUAAACGAGUGCAGGAUGAUAAACACCCUGUGCUCCAACGGGAGGUGCAGGAACACGAUCGGCAGCUUCCGCUGUCGCUGCGACAACGGCUACGCUCUGGACUCCGACGAAAGGAACUGCACCGACAUUGACGAGUGCCGCAUCUCUCCGGAUCUUUGCGGACAGGGAAGGUGUGUCAACACACCGGGAGAUUUUGAGUGCGAAUGCUUCGAAGGCUACGAGAGCGGCUUCAUGAUGAUGAAAAACUGCAUGGACAUCGACGAGUGUGAGAGGAACCCCAUGCUGUGCCACGGUGGGGAGUGUGUGAACACGGAGGGCAGCUUCCAGUGUGUGUGCCCGCAGGGGCACGAGGUGGCCCCCGAUAACUCCGCCUGUCUAGAUAUCAACGAAUGUGAGUUGAGUGACCGGCUGUGCAGGAACGGUCAGUGUGUCAACAUGGUCGGCCGCUACCAGUGCUCCUGCAACACCGGGUACAAGUCCACCGAGGACCGGCUGGAUUGUGUCGACAUCGACGAGUGUACGAUCGAGAACGGCGGCUGCGAGACGUUCUGCACCAACUCCGAGGGAAGCUACGAGUGCAGCUGCCGGAGUGGAUACGCCCUGAUGCCCGAUCUGAGGACCUGCACUGAUAUCGAUGAAUGCGAGGAGAGCCCUGACAUCUGUGACGGUGGCCAGUGCACCAACACCCCGGGGACCUACCAGUGCCUGUGCUUCGACGGCUUCAUGUCAUCUGAAGACAUGAAGACCUGUCUGGAUGUGGACGAGUGCGAGCUGAACCCGAACAUCUGUCUGAGUGGGAACUGUGAGAACACGAAGGGAUCCUUUAUUUGCCACUGUGACCUGGGGUACUCGGUACGCAAGGGAACAACAGGUUGCACAGAUAUCAACGAGUGUGAGAUUGGAGCGCACAACUGCGACCGGCACGCGACCUGCACCAACACAGCCGGCAGCUUCAAAUGCAACUGCGCCACAGGGUGGAUUGGAAACGGCCUCAAAUGCACAGACCUGGACGAGUGUUCGAACGGAACGCACAUGUGCAGCAACAACGCCGACUGUCUCAACACCAUGGGCUCCUAUCGCUGCGCCUGUAAGGAGGGAUUCUCCGGGGACGGAUUCUACUGCUCAGACAGCGACGAGUGCACGGAGAACACCAACUUGUGUGAGAACGGCCAUUGUCUGAACGUGCCGGGGGGCUUCCGCUGCGAGUGCGAGAUGGGCUUCAUCUCAACUGUGGACGGGAAGGCCUGCGAGGAUAUCGAUGAAUGCACGUUUGCCGGCAUCUGCGUGAACGGACGCUGCCAGAAUAUCCCGGGACUUUUUAGAUGUGAAUGCAAUCCGGGUUAUGAGCUGGACAGGAGUCGAGGCAAUUGCACAGACAUCAAUGAAUGUUUACAGCCAACCAACUGUAUCAAUGGAGUGUGUGUUAAUAUCGCUGGAAGCUACCUCUGCAACUGCCCCCCAGACUUCCAACUCAGCCCCAAUCGGAUGGGCUGUGUAGACACUCGCUCCGGGAGCUGCUACCUGGAGGCCCGUCCACGCGGCGACGCCUCGGAAAAUUUGGUCUGCUCCAAUGAGAUCGGCAUCGGGGUUUCUAAGGCGUCCUGCUGCUGCUCUAAGGGCAAAGGUUGGGGAACGCCAUGUGAAUACUGCCCCUCCGUCAACUCAACUGAGUACAAGACCUUGUGUCCCGGAGGGGAGGGCUUCAGGCCGAACCCGAUCACCGUGCUCUUAGAAGACAUCAACGAGUGCCAGGAGCUGCCGGGGCUGUGCCAGGGGGGCCAGUGCAUCAACACCUUCGGCAGUUUCCAGUGCGAAUGCCCGCGGGGCUUCGCCCUCAACCCGGACACCAGAGUCUGUGAAGAUAUCAACGAGUGUGAGCAGCCGGGAAUAUGCGGGCCCGGCCAGUGCUACAACACCAUCGGCAACUACACCUGCAUCUGCCCCGUGGACUACAUGCAGGUCAACGGAGGGAACAACUGCAUGGACAUGAGGAAGAGCUACUGCUACAGGAACUUCUACACGGAGAACGGGACGUGCGACGGAGAGCUGACCUUUAACAUGACCAAAAAGAUGUGCUGCUGCUCCUACAACAUUGGCCGCGCGUGGAACAAGCCCUGCGAGCAGUGUCCAGUGCCCAGCACCGAUGAUUUUGCCGUCCUCUGUGGCAGCGAGAGACCAGGAUAUUACAUCGACAUCACCACUGGGAGGGUUAUCGAUAUCGACGAAUGCCGGGAAAUCCCCGGAGUGUGUGAGAACGGGGUGUGCAUCAACAUGAUCGGCAGCUUUAGGUGCGAGUGCCCCAUUGGGUUCUUCUACAACGACAAGCUGCUGAUCUGCGAAGAUAUCGACGAGUGUCAGAACGGGCCGGUGUGCCAGCAGAACGCCGACUGUCUGAACAUGCCCGGAAGCUACCGCUGCGAGUGUAAAUCUGGGUAUCGCUUCACCCCCACCGGACAGUGUCAAGACCGUAACGAGUGCAUGGAGAACCCGGGCGUGUGCAACCCGGGCCAGUGCAUCGACACCCUGGGGAGCUACCGCUGCAUCUGCCCCAACGGCUACAAACCCACCCGGGACCAGUCCAUGUGCAUCGACGUGGACGAGUGCGAGAGACAGCCCUGUGGAAACGGGACCUGUAAGAACACGGUGGGCUCCUACAACUGCCUGUGCUACCCGGGCUUCCAGAACUCGCACAACGGCGACUGCAUCGACGUGGACGAGUGCUCGACCCAGAGGGGCCUGUGCCGGAACGGUCAGUGUUUGAACACCGUGGGCAGCUUCCUGUGCGAGUGCAACGACGGCUACGAGCUAACGCUGGACGGCAGACUGUGCGUCGAUAUCAACGAGUGUGCGGUGAACCCGGGCACGUGCGGCGUGGGAACCUGCGUGAACAUGGACGGCUCCUACAGGUGUAUUUGCCCGCCCGGCUACUAUCUGCACGAGGAAACCUGCGAAGAUAUCGAUGAGUGCUCCCAGUCCCCGGAGAUCUGCACGUUUGGAACCUGCUCCAACACCGAGGGAAGCUUCACCUGCCUGUGCCCCCCAGGCUUCCAGCUCUCCGCUUCUGGACGCAGAUGUUUAGACAUCCGCGUGAGCUACUGCUACACCAAGUUUGAAAAUGGCCGCUGCCUGGCUCCGAAGGCCCAGAACACGUCGAAGGAGGCGUGCUGCUGUACGGGGAUGCCCGGUCAGGGCUGGGGAGACCCCUGUGAGAUCUGCCCCAGCAAAGGAGAGGAGAAGUAUCGUGCUCUCUGUCCUAAUGAGGGCUAUCAGCACGGGCCGCACGAGCAUCCGGAGGACAUUGAUGAGUGCCUGAACGAUCCUUGCGUUAACGGCCAGUGCAUCAACACAGACGGCUCCUUCCGCUGCGAGUGCCCCAUGGGCUACCGCCUGGACAUCAGCGGAGUCACCUGUGAAGACAUAAACGAGUGCGACAUCGGCAAUCCGUGCGGCAACGGCACGUGCACCAACGUCAUCGGCGGGUUCGAGUGUGCGUGCGACGACGGUUUCGAGCCGGGGCCCAUGAUGUCGUGCGAAGACAUCAACGAGUGCGCCCAGAACCCGCUGCUGUGCGCCUUCCGCUGCGUCAACGUGGUGGGCUCCUACGAGUGCAAGUGCCCCACGGGCUACGUGCUGCGCGAGGACAAGAGGAUGUGUAAAGACCAGAACGAGUGUGAGGACGGCAUAGAUGACUGUUCCAGCAGGGGCAUGACCUGCAAGAACCUCAUCGGUACCUACAUGUGCAUCUGUUUGCCCGGAUACACGCGCCAGCCCAAUGGAGAGGGCUGCAUGGACCUGAACGAGUGUACAGCUAAACCAGGAAUCUGCAAGAAUGGCCGCUGUGAGAACACAUUUGGAAGCUACCGCUGCAGAUGUGAUCAAGGAUUCAUUGCCAACCCCACACAGACAGAAUGUAUCGAUAACCGGGAAGGCUUCUGUUUCACCGAGGUCCUCACCACCCUGUGCCAGAUGUCCUCUAGCAACAGGAACAUGGUGACCAAGUCCGAGUGUUGCUGCGACGGAGGACGGGGUUGGGGCACCAACUGUGAGCUCUGUCCUCUGCCGGGGACCACCCAGUACAAGAAGAUGUGCCCGCUGGGACCGGGGUACACCACCGAUGGCAGAGACAUCGACGAGUGCCGCGUGAUGGGAAACCUUUGCAAGAACGGCCAGUGCAUCAACUCCUUGGGCUCCUAUCACUGCGUCUGCAAGACGGGCUUCACCACGGACAUUACCAGCACACGGUGUGUGGAUGUGGAUGAGUGCAUACAGGCACCGAAGCCCUGUAACUUCAUCUGUAAGAACACAGAGGGAAGCUACCUCUGCUCCUGCCCCAGAGGAUACAUCCUGCAGGAGGACGGAAAGAGCUGCCGAGAUCUGGACGAGUGUUCCACCAAACAGCACAACUGUCAGUUCUUGUGCUUUAACACCAUCGGCGGCUUCACCUGCAAAUGCCCUCCCGGCUUCAGCCAGCAUCACUCCGCCUGCAUCGACAACAACGAGUGUUCAGCAGACCCCAAUCUGUGCGGCUCCAACGGCGUCUGCCAGAACACGCCGGGGAGCUUCAACUGCGACUGCCAGCGGGGAUUCUCAUUAGACCUCAGCGGACAGACUUGUGAAGAUACGGACGAGUGCGAUGGAGAACACAGGUGUCAGCACGGCUGUCAGAACUUGGUGGGUGGAUACAGGUGCAGUUGUCCACAGGGCUACCUGCAGCACUACCAGUGGAACCAGUGUGUGGAUGAGAACGAGUGUCUGAACAGCCAGAUCUGCGGGGGCGCGUCGUGCCACAACACCCUGGGGAGCUUCCGCUGCCUCUGCCCGACCGGGUUCAACUUCGAGCAGACCAGCGGGGGGUGCACGGACAUCAACGAGUGCUCCACCAGCCAGAACCCCUGCAAGUUCGGCUGCUCCAACACGGACGGGGGGUACCUCUGCGGGUGCCCGACGGGGUACUUCCGCGCAGGACAAGGGCACUGUGUCACGGGCUUAGGCUUCACGGGCAACGGACAGGAAGGCGAGGAGGACGACAAUUCCCUCUCGCCUGAAGCCUGCUAUGAGUGUAAGAUCAACGGUUACCCCAAGAGGGGGCGCCAGCGCCGCAGCACCAACUCCACACAGGACGGACUCCCGGAGGACGUGCAGCUCACCGAAGAGGAGGGCGUCAGCCUGGCCAGCCUGGACAUCGAAGACACCCUCCGGUUCCACCUGAACAUCAGCGACCUCAGCAACCGCGACCACAUCCUGGAGUUCACGCCGGCCCUAUCGGCGCUCAGCGACCACGUGCGCUACAGCAUCGACCACGGGAACGAGGAGGGCCACUUCAAAAUCAACCAGAGGGAGGGCGUCAGCUACCUCCAUCUGAUGAAGAAGAAGGCCCUCCUGCCGGGGGCCUACUCCCUCCAGAUCAGCGGCGCGCCCCUCUACAGGAAGAAGCAGCUGGCCGAGCUGGAGGACCAGCACGAUAAAGACUACCUCACGGGACAGCUGGGAGACGUACUGAAGAUGAGGGUGCAGCUCGUCCUCCAUUAA